GUCGAAAUGUUUCGAUUAUUUUUUAAAGCGAUAAGAAGGCCUUUAAACAACAUGUGUAUGCGCAAAGAUAACAAGUUAUGUAAUGUAUUUAUAGAGGCUUUUUUAGACUGAAAACACAAAAACUACAUUUCCCAUGAUUCAGUGUGCGAUAACAAACUCAGGGUCAAAGGGCGGUUAAAAUAAGCAUCGCGAGCUCCUUCGGUUUGAUCAUGGCAUCAGACGGAUUAGGAGGACCACCAGAGGAGCAGGCAGAGGAGGGGACCCCCCUGACAGAAACACCCAGUGAGGAGGCAGGGGUUCCCCCUAACUGUGGAAAAGACACCUUAAGAGCCCGAGCAGCAGAGCAAGAUGAGAACAGAGUCGACGUGUGCCGGUUUUUCCUGAUGGGGAAGUGUCAUUUCGGCCCCAGAUGUCGUUUCUCUCACAGUAACCCAUCAGGAGAUGAUUCAGGGUCAGCUGACCAGGAUGACACACAGGAAGGGGAGAAGACGGAAAACCCCAAGAAUAAAGUGAACAAAACAAGAGAGCCGAAAUAUGAGCCAAAAGAGGUGAACAAAAAGCCUCGCAUGCGCACCGCCGAUGAGGUUAUCUCUCGGAUCCUGUGGGACCAGUCGGCGGAUGGAUCAGAAUUUGUUGUUGGGUACGUGGACCGUUUCCUCGGUGUUCUGGAGCGUCCCUUCAACGACUUCAACUGGGACACAGACCCGUGCGACUGCGACUACACCGUGGAGCUGGCCCUGCCUCGACACAGGAUCCAGUACUUCACCUACAGAGGGCACCGCGUCUGGGACCGCCACAGCAGGACCGACCGGGUGUUCGGCUCCACCGGCCAAUCUCUGGCUCCCCCCUUUGGAGGGGUGGAGGAAGUAAAGGUGAACACAGAGGAGCCGCCGCCUGCUGUCAGGGAGCACCUGCAGGAUGAGUGUGAAACAGAGGAGGGUACUCCAACUGAGAACACACAUCAGGAGGAAGAGGAGCAAAGUGAGAUGAAUAUUCACAGCCCUGCUGGAACAGAAGCAGCUCCAGAGUGUGGAGGAGACACUUCUCCAGGAGAGGAGGCACCACCAUGUGUUAUGGAGGAGGCUGCAAUGAGCCCUGAGGCUUCGUCCGACCCAUCAUCCUUAUCCCAAAAAGACGGAGCAGACGGACAAGAGGGGAAUGAGGAAGGGGACGUUGCAGACUGGCAGGAAAGCUUGGACGGCAAAGAAGAUGCUUCGAAAUCAGCACCUCUGGAGCAACGAGAGCAGAAGAACAGUGGUCGCCCCCCUAAAAAGAAGCCCACGCACUUCAUCACCUUCAGGGCCAACACUCCUGCCGUCCUGUCUGGCUUCCAGCAGCUGCAGGAGGAGAUCACCUCCGUCCUGCCCUCCUCGGCCCCUCACUGGCAGUUGGCCAACACGCUCCACGUCACGAUGUGCCUUCUGAAUUUGCCUGGCCCAGCGGAGGUAGCCACCGCUGCAGAGGUCCUCAAAAAGUUUGCUCAUUUCGAUCGAAACCCCCCGGUGGCUCUGACCUUCCCUGUGAGGCUGAAGCACUUCAACGGGAAGGUGCUGUACCUGAGCCCCCAGCCUCAGAUCCACCUCCAGCAGCUGAACAGCGGCCUGCAGGAGGCCUACAGGGAGGAGGGGCUGCUACACAGGGACUCCUUCAACCCACGAUACCACCUCACUCUGGCCAAGGUAGUGGGCAAGGAGGGAGAGAGGGUGUUUGAUCGGGUGGGGGACCUGAAGGUGGGGAAGGGUUUACAUUUUGGCCGUCUGCCGAUAAACACCCUGCACCUGUGUUCCAUGGGCAUUUCAGAAGGAGAUGAUUUUUACGAGACCGUGUGCACAGUUAGUCUUCGAUGAUAUAACACAUGCACUAAAUACAUGUAGGUUAUUACAAUGGGUGCAAUACCUCUGGCCACGUGGCCUUAUCGACCAAAUCUCAUGUCUGUGUUUUAAGGUUUUAUGUUUAUUCAGAAAAGAUGCAGAAAUUCUGGUGAAGGACUUAUUUAUAUAAAGUGCUAAAGGGAGCAAACAAUUAAUUAAUGUUCAAUUAAAUUCAUCUUUAUUAAGAUGCAAAAAGUAUAUGAUGGUCCAUCUUUAAUAAUAUGAUUUGCAUGUAUGUAUUUUAUGAAUGCUUAAUUGUAAUGCACUAUGUCCCGUACAUUGGCUAUUCAUAUUUCAAGAUGAGAAAUGAAUGUCGUCUGCACAGAAUAAUAAUACAUGUUCUGUUCAUAUUGCAAGCUGAUGCAAUACCUCCAGAACCGGCUGAAAGCACAAGUGUUUACUUUGGCUGGCUGGACAGAAGGAUAUUACCCUAAAAACAGAGGUGCAUUUAUUUUACUCCAUUUUUAAUGUCAUCAUUUAGAGUUGUUUCUUUGUUUGUUGGUUUUAGGUGAAACAUAUUUAAAGUACACUAAAAUGAAUACAAUUCAUUGUAGCCUCUCCAUUACAACGACUCGCUGAUUUAAUUUCUCGGAUAUUAUAACAUUUUAAAAUGUAAAAAGUGCUUUUUCUAUGCUGCUUAAAAUACAGAGGUAUUUUGAAGACAUCACCUUGGACUUUAGGACAUUUUGUUGGCCUUCUAAACAUUAAUUUAGUUUUAUUCACCAACAAUUAAUACAUCAUUAAAUUGAGAAAAGAACAAGAUUAGUUGGCAAUCACAAUAGAUAUUAGUUGCAUUAUUAGUCAAAAAGAAACACAGUAUGAAUGAGGACAAACUAUUCAAACUGUUGCUGUCCUGUCAGAACAGUUUUAGUUUAGGCCCUGAAGGAGACACAUGUUGUUGAGUGUAAAUCAGCUUUGAGACAUUAAACUCACGGGACACCAGAUUAGAAAACCUCCUUUUUAAAAAUAUAAAACGCCUAAAGUAGAAUGAACAUUUCCUUCUCCUCUAACUAUUAUCUGGUGAAACAAAUAAGGGGUUUCGGGCCCGCAAACUACUACCCCGACGUUUGUAUCUGCCACAACGGUUUAUCUACGAGGCAUGCAUUGCUUACGAGGGGAAGAGAUUAUGUUUUCUUUACAGCUAUGAAUCAACCCGAGUAGUUUUACUCCGCAGCUCAUAAUUCCACAAUUUAUCUGCGUUGUAUGAAUAUUGUAUGGAUGGUGUUCCCCGAGGACGAUGACUUUUACAAUGAAUUAUAACCAUUAGAUUGUGAAGGACAUUAAAUAUUGAAUUGGUUAUUUUAA